CAUGCUCUUGAAAGCUGCAAGUUAGCCACUACUGAUAUUGCUAUACAAAGCAAUAUUGGCUCCCCCUCUUGGGCACCUCCUGGACGCACACGAUCCGCUCCAGGAUUAAAGGUUUCCAAUGUAGAUCCAGAUUUGUUGAAACUUUAUUUGCGAAAGAAGAAGAGGCAGAGUGCUAGAAAUGACUUGAGAUUCGUGUUGAGGAACUCGCGGGAUGAUGCCAUCCGUAAAUCGAAGCAGGCUGAGUGUGUAGUUUGGCAAAUGGAUUGGGCCGAAUCGCACAUGAGGAGAUGCUUGGCCAAUUUGAACAGACUUCUUGAUCAUGCGUUACCCAUUGACAAAGAGAGUAUCAUCCAUGCUCUCUACAAAAAGCUGCGGGCCGAUCAUGUGCCCGAACAAUGGGAGCAGGUCAGAUUUUCUGCGAAUUCUCACGUUUGUGUUAUCUCUCUUUUCUUCUGGCUUAUCAAAGCAGAGUCUUGUCACGUUUCGUAA